AUGUCGUCCAAGGCCAGGAGGAAGCUGUCGAUCCGUGCUGUCCGCUGCAUUGACAUUGACGACACUGCGUCGCCCCCCGUUUUUCUGUUCUCGGUCACUCCCUCGACGGCGAAGGGCGGCCCGUCGCGAACGCCUGACCACAGCAUUGGUACCAAGGGCAAAGCGAGCAAGUCUGAACUCGAAGUGUACCAGGUGCACAGGACGUCAAAGGAGCUUCUCGCCCUGUCUGCACGCCUCAUCAAGACCUUUGACGCACUGCUUGACCAGUCUCGAGGGGGACCUCGACCGCUGACGGGCGACAUUGAAUUGAACCGGUUCAGAUCACUGCGUAUUCUCAAUAUGCACGACUUGCGUCGACUUCGAAAAAGGAGUAGCGACCAGGACGAUACAGGCGACUGCUCACGCAUCUCCCAACAGAAGCAAGCAAGGAUGUCGCUCAUCGACGACUUUUUUGCAAAGGCCCUCGAGGCAGGCGGCGAGAUCGUGGCGAGCAGCCGUGCCAUGCAGGAUGCCUUCGCACCGUUUGAGCCUCCUCUGUCGCUGGAAUGCACCGCGAGAGCAAUGGAGGAGAAGGACGACCGCGACAGUACCACGCCCACAAGCUCACGUUUCCCUCAUAGCAGCAGCACUUCCAUUGCUUCGCUUUUCUCUUCGCCAAAGAUUGCAAGGCAUCCGUCCAGCGACACAAGCGCACUGCAGUCAUCACCGGGACACUCGGCAGAGCGUUUUGCCACACCAGAACCAAGUCUGUCUCAGCGACCAAGAAAUGACGCAUACCACCCCCCUCUCAACUCCAACGAUCGAAUCGAUACUCAGCACGAAGAUGAAGCGAUCCUCUCGGACCAACGAAGGAAGCAGGCGACUACAAACUCCCCCAACCUGUUGCGGCCAAAAGCCAUCUACGACCACCAACCAAGCAGCCGGGGCCCGUCGCCUUCUCCUUCCAAGGUCCCCUGUGAUGACGACGCUGUACAGUGGCUCACCGUUCUCACCGCUGGGGGACGCCCAUCCCCUGGUGAAUCGAGCAGUCGUGAAGAUCGCCUCAACGCAUGGCAUUCUGCCGCGGCCAAUAGUGGCGCUACCAAGUACUCGUUGUCGGCUGAUGCAUCCAGGGAGACCUUUCCAUCGCCAAAGGGCAGCCCUCCGUACUCGUACCUGCCGACAAGGCUUGGUAAAGCGUCGCUCAAGGAGUUCGCGUCUCCAUCUCGCCAGGCCGAUGUAGAAAGCCUGAGAGAGGAACAGUCGCAUGAUACGGCAUCAUCCUCCAGGCGCUUUCCCUGGCUUCAUCGCAAAGGAAGCCCCUCGAGUCUGCGCAUCGAGCCAACGAUCAAGCUUGUCGAGACUGAUGUCAUCGCGAGCUCGACUGGGAAGCUGCCCAAAACAGGCCGCCGGCUGUUUCAGACCGUCGACCGGCUGCAUAAACAACAGCAGAAGCCGAUGUUCACUCACAGCAAGACUCUUGCUGUCUCGUAUUCUAGCCCGAACUUGCGGCUGAGAGCGAUCCAGGACGGCAACAUCGACAGCAGCAGCGACAUGAUGGCUUACAAACCCAGCCAGCUCGAGCUCCUUAUCUUUGGUCGGGAAAAGUACGGGAUGAGGGCUGAAAGCAUGCUGUCGAGCAGCACCAUCUCGUGGGAGGAGGAACUGGAGGAAGCAAGAGUGACGAUCGCAUUGCCAAAAAGAGUGGCGACGGUGGACGAUUUGCCGCAGAGAAAGGGGCGCGUGGACGAGGCCGAGGCGAUGAUGAUGGACGUGCCUCUGCGGCUUUGGCGCAGUGGUAGCAAUGGACGAGCAACCUACGGCAAUCUUCAGAUGAGACGACAGAACAGCAACAGCUCGCUAAUGCAGGGAAAGGGCAAGAAAAAAGCCGGGCUGCUCUACCUCAACCUCGGAACAGAUGCUGGCGAGCUGGCCGAAAAGUCGGAGAUGGCCCUUUUUCCCGCGAGCCCCACCUCGAUUAGCAGCGUUGGACCGUACGGCAGUCGAUCGCGCCACGCCACGUCACCUGCGUGGGCCUCGGGCGAUUCGAGACUGGGAGAGGUGCGUCGUUUUUCAAUAGAGGAGCUCAACCUCACGUCGCACUCGGUGAAAAGCGUCAAUACGCCAUCUAUGGACUCUUCGCUCUUUGACCCUGUCCGGACCACAACCGGUGGAAAACCUUCUCCGAUCCUCGGUCCAUCUUCCAACAGUCCCUGGCCGCAAAGCCCCACGACGACCGGGACAAGCAUCGCCCUUUGUUCGCCAAUGAGUGCGACGACCAAGUCUGCUACUACUCCUGCGGCUGCUUCUGCCUCGCCUGGUGACAAAGUUCAAACCCUUGUCACCCCUGCAGUCGUUGCCUCACAGGGCGACACAUCAUCACCGGCGUCCACUUUGGGGAAAGGUGCCUAUGCGCCACCGACGUGGAAGGGAUCCGGACCAGCGAGGAAGGACGGGUACUUUGUGAUUGACAGCGGCGUCAUUGCCACCAAACCACUAGUCAUCACCAAAAAGUCACCGCGGCCCUAG